CGCUGCCAUUGAUUCCUCACGGGCAAUGAGCACGUGAACACGCACAUGUGGCACCAUCUGAAAUAUUAGCGUGAUGUGCUUCUGUCGUCAUUAGCUCCGGGUACAAGGACAUAAAGAGAACCAGAACAAGAUGAACACCCUGAGUGUAUGGGUGACUGUAGGACUGGUGUGUAUGCUGAUGUGCCACACACUGGCAGGGGACUCUGCUGACGGUAAAUCCAAAGGGCCAACUGAUUGUUUACCUGAAAGUGAUCCAGGAUGUCGCAACGCAACCAACAAAGCCGAGCUGAACGGUGUCAGGUACUGCUGUCCCCGUGGAGCUGGGUCCAUAUCGACAAGCUCCUCGAAUAUCAACGGUGUCCAGAAAGAUUCGUGUAAAUGUGGGGGCCGGGUCAAAAUGCCGGAGAUGCCCAAGUUCGACUGGUCCAGUUUCGACAACCCAUUUUACUGGAAAAUCUAAUAAAUAAACUUUCCGUUUUACCCGAUGUCUAACAUAGUUUAGCAUUGAGAUGUAUUAUUUGUCAGUCUGAAUAAACACUGUGAAUUGUU